AUGUCACUUACAAGGUCCGAGGAUCCCUUGGUGUGGAUCGACUGCGAGAUGACGGGCCUUGAUCCCACAAAAGAUACCAUACUAUCAAUAGCGUGCUUCAUCACCAAUGCUUCUUUGGACCCACUUGACGAGGGCGGAUUCGAAGCUGUCAUCCAUCCUUCCGCAAGUGUUCUGGCGAGUAUGAACGAGUGGUGUAUCAAUACGCACACAGCAUCCGGGCUAGUAGAUCAGUGCAUAGCUUCGACAACGACUGCAGAGAUAGCUGCUUCGCAGCUUCUCGCCUACAUCAAAGGUUAUGUGCCUAACAAAGGCAAAGCACUCCUGGCAGGCAACUCCGUACAUGCUGACAAGAUGUUUUUGAUGCAACCGCCGUGGAAUCAGAACCUGGACUGGUUGCACUACCGCAUUCUCGACGUCAGUGCCAUCAAGGAAGGCGUGAGACGGUGGUGCCAAAACGACGUUCUACUGGGAGCGCCAAGGAAGGCACUGAAGCACACAGCUCGAGAGGACAUCCUAGAGAGCAUUGAGGAGGCCAGGUACUACCAGGGCCUUUUCGGACAAAUGCAAGAACCUGUUUCAGUUGGCAUACUGGCAGAAACCGCGACUCAGAACGAUCACGAAGUUACACCUCCCAUGACCGAUGCCUACGGCAACGGUGCGCCGGUGAAUGUACAAAGACAAGAUUCUGGGUUGAAGCGCAAGGUGGGGGAGGCCGGGCUGGAUACCAAUGGAAGAUAUCUGGCAUUUGGCCCGAGAGCAGAGACCUACGAAAGGGCUGACGCGGAAGACUUCAGAACCGACGUGCCCUAA